ACAACACCAAAACACUAGAGUGUAAAUCAAAUCAAAAAAAUUUCAUUAUCAAACACACCAUUUCGCUUGCUUGACGUCGUCUCCAAUCUCUGAACACACAAACAACGUGAACGAAACCCUGAUUAUUAUUGUUUAGAGCUGGAAAAACUAUGAGUAAUCUGAGAACGAUUUGUAGACCUCACAUCCACAUAGUAUUCUUCUCUUCCUUCAUAUGCUGCAGAAGCCAAGCUGCCAAAUCUAGGGUUUCUUUUCGAAACCCUAACUCCCAGUCCCGUGUCUCCUUGCCUUGUGCGUUCUCUCCUUGGUUUGAUUCCAACAGAAAUGAGCCGUGGCUUCGUGUGAGUCAGAGGAGAACGCUGGUUAGAGCAUCCAAGUGGACCGACGAGAAGUCUCCCUAUGAGACUCUUGAGUUGGACAGGGAUGCUGAUGAAGAAAAAAUAAAGUUGGCUUAUAGACGCUUGGCCAAAUUUUAUCAUCCAGAUGUUUAUGAUGGUAGGAGGACCCUUGCAGAAGGGGAAACAGCUGAAGCUCGAUUCAUUAAGAUUCAAGCUGCCUAUGAGUUGCUCAUAGAUGAUAAGAAGCGGAGGCAAUAUGAUAAUGACAACCGAGUUAACCCAAUGAAGGCAUCUCAAGCAUGGAUGGAGUGGCUAAUAAAAAAGAGAAAAGCUUUUGACCAGCGGGGUGAUAUGGCCAUUGCAGCUUGGGCUGAGCAGCAGCAGCGUGAGUUGAACCUUCGUGCACGCCGUCUUUCCCGUUCAAAGAUUGAUCCAGAAGAAGAGAGGAGGAUCCUGGCAAAAGAAAAGAAGGCAUCCAAGGAGUACUUCUCUAAUACCCUUAAGCGGCACACACUAAUCUUAAAGAAAAGGGACUUGAUGCGAAAGAAAGCUGAGGAAGAAAUGAAGAAGUCUAUCAGUCAGCUUUUAGCUGCAGAAGGCCUUGAGCUCGAUACUGAUGAUGAAGCAUUGUAGCUAAAACUCUAUGCACAUGUUGACACAUCCGCCCCCUUUCCUAAUCUGCAAUACUUUGGAACGUUCCUCUGAAAUUCAUACCCAUAUUUUAUUGUACAAAGAAACUGUAUAUAUGAUUUCUUCCAGAUUAUAAAGAAAUGAAUGAAAAUUUGUCCUUGACUUAUAAA